AUGAGGAAAAUUCUCCUCGCAGUUGUGCUGCUGGCUGCGCACGUGGCGCCCCAGGACUACUUCGCCGCGAACGCCGACGGCGACAAUGACCUCCUGGACGCCGAGGUGGCGGAGACGGCCGCCUUCGGCUCGCGCACCGCGCCGCGAGCACGCCGCUUGCAGCUGGACACGGGCCCGUCCGCCGCGGAGACCGUGGACUCCACGACGCCGGCCUCCACGACCACCACGACCACGACCCUGUCGCCGAGGUCCUUCAUCCGCGUGCGCGCCGGCGGUCGACGCGGACCUCCCAGCGGCGGAAACGGCGGCCGCGCCAGGGCCAUCGUCAGCGUGGUGAACCCCAACGACGACGAGACCUUGCAGACCCUGGGCUCCGGCGACAUCCGGUCGCUGCGCCAGCGGCAGGCCGAGCUCCAGGACUCCGGCCGCGAGCUGCAGGACCUGCAGGACCAAGGCGCCGGGCACACCCACAUCACGCGCCUCGACGUGGACUGCAGCAGCGCGGGCAUCGGCGUCACCCUCGAGUUCCAGGACGACUUCGCCGGCGUCGUGUACAGCAAGGGCUACUACGACGACCCCGCCUGCAGAUUCGUGUCCGCCGGGGCGGGCCGCCGAUCCUUCCAGUUCAACGUGCCGCUCCGUGGCUGCGGCUCCCGGCCCAGCACGGCGGCCUGCAGCCAGCCCGGCGCCGGCUGCGGCGGCCGCAUCGAGAACGUGCUCGUCAUCCAGACGGACGACACCGUGCAGGAAAUAUGGGACGUGGCACGCAAGGUGUCUUGCGCCGCCCCGGACGCCAACGAGAAGACCAUCGCCUUCAAGCCGUUCGUCGUGGACAUGCUGGAGGUGGUGUCCGUGCCCGUGUCCUCGGGCUCGGUCGACUGCUGGAUGGACAUCCGACGCGGCAUGUUCCCCAACACGCAGCCCCUGGAGGACGUCAUCAAGAUAGGCGAGCCGCUGUCCAUCCUGGUGUACCUACGCGCCCCGAGCGAGCAGUUCGAUGUGCGCGUGCGGGACUGCUGGGCCUUCGACCAGGAGGACUACGAGGCCAGGGACACCCACAAGCUGCAGCUCACCGACAACGAGGGCUGCCCCAGGAAGAAGAAGUUGAUCGAUGACUGGAAGAAGACGACGGAGACGGGCGACUCUGGCGCCAACAUCAUCGCGUAUAACACCCUGAAGGCCUUCAAGUUCCCCGACAAGGUGCAGGUCUUCCUCACGUGCAACAUCGAGGUGUGCAACGGUGCGUGCGCUGGGCGAUGCGGGGGCGCGUCCACGGGGCCGCCGCCCGUGCCAGCCCCGCGGCUACCCCCGGCCUCCAGCCCCGCACCGCCACCGUCCUGCUACCCCGGCAGCCCGGACCCCCGCUGCCCCCAGGCGCCGCCCCCGGCCCCUACGACAGUGCGCCCAGUCGCGCCCCCCAACUGCUACCCCGGUAGCGACGACCCCCGCUGCCCUCCGCCGCCGCCUCCGCCGGCCAGGCCCAACUGCUACCCCGGCAGCAACGACCCUCGCUGCCCGCGGCUGCCCCCGCAGCGUCCGGUUACGACAGAACCGCCGCCGCCACCGCCGCCGCCGUCGUCCAACCUCAACUGCUACCCAGGAAACCGGGACCCUCGCUGCCCACCGCCGCCCGCCAGCCCCGCGCCGAAGCCAAACUGCUUCCCGGGCAACGACGACCCUCGGUGCCCGCGGCCCGGACCGACAGGACCGCCAGGACCCAGGACGGAGACGCCCUACCCGCCGCCCACCCCGCCAGCGCAGCCAGCCUGCUUCCCGGGCAGCCAGGACCCCCGUUGUGCACCGCCGCCACCCCGCACACCGAGGCCCACGACAUACGCGCCACCCCCGCAGCCCACGUCCCCGGCCUGCUACCCGGGCAGCCCCGAUCCCAGGUGCCCCAGGCCUCCAGGCCCACGGCGAGAGCCAGCAACCUACCUGCCUCCCGAGACGACCACAGCCUGUUACCCCGGAAGUCCUGACCCACGCUGCCCUCAGCCACCACCGAGCACCACAUCGCGGCCAAACUGCUAUCCGGGCAGUCCGGACCCGCGGUGUCCGAGGCCACCACCGACCCCGAGCACGACCGCAAGGCCCAACUGCUACCCUGGUAGCCCAGAUCCUAGAUGCCCGCAGCCUCCACCGCCAACCACGACGGCUAGGCCAAACUGUUACCCUGGAAGCCAAGACCCGAGGUGUCCGCAGCCACCGCCGCCAACGACGACGGCCAGGCCCAACUGCUACCCUGGUAGUCCUGACCCUCGGUGUCCGCAGCCUCCUCCCACCACCCCAGGCCCCAACUGCUACCCGGGUAGCCCAGACCCCCGAUGCCCGCGCCCGCCACCGACGACCUACUCUCCGCCAACCACGCCCAGGCCGAGCUGCUACCCCGGCAGCCCGGACCCGAGGUGUCCGCAGCCGCCACCAACAUCCCGCGCUCCUGCCACGUACCUGCCGCCGUCUACGACGACCCAGCUGAGCUGCUACCCGGGUAGUCCGGACCCCCGUUGCCCUCAGGUGCCGCAAACCACCCCCAGGCCGAGCUGCUACCCCGGCAGCCCCGACCCGCGCUGCCCGCAGCCACCACCGAGUACGACGGCGAGGCCGAACUGCUACCCUGGGAGCCCCGACCCGCGAUGCCCGCGUCCACCGCCGGUGACUACUCCCAGGCCACCGCCGCCGCCCCCUCCCACCACUUCGCGGCCAAACUGCUACCCCGGCAGCCCCGACCCGCGCUGCCCGCAGCCACCGCCAAGUACGACAGCGAGGCCAAACUGCUACCCCGGCAGCCCCGACCCGCGCUGCCCGCAGCCACCGCCAAGUACGACAGCGAGGCCAAACUGCUACCCUGGAAGCCCAGACCCGCGCUGCCCGCAGCCACCGCCUACCACUCCCGCCAGGCCGAACUGCUACCCCGGCAGCCCCGACCCUCGCUGCCCCCGCCCGCCGCCUACAACCACGCCGUCUAGCUGCUAUCCUGGAAGCCCUGACCCUAAGUGCCCAAGGCCACCGCAGCCUCCUUCAACGAGGCAGCCAGCGACAUACCUGCCGCCGGAGCCGACAACUCCACCUUGUUUCCCGGGCAGCACGAACCCACGUUGUCCGGCACCUCCUACACGACCUCCACCGCCACCACCGCCCACGACAUCGAGGCCGAACUGCUAUCCUGGCAGUCCAGAUCCACGCUGUCCACAGCCUCCACCACCAACCACGACAUCGAGGCCCAACUGCUAUCCUGGCAGUCCGGACCCUCGUUGUCCACAGCCUCCACCAACCACUACAUCGAGGCCGAACUGCUAUCCUGGCAGUACAGAUCCUCGUUGUCCACCGCCUCCACCUCCAACCUCGACACCCAGGCCAAACUGCUAUCCAGGAAACCAGGAUCCCCGCUGCCCGCGCCCACCUUCGACCCCCUACGCCCCGGCGACCACCCCCGCGACGCCGGCGUGCUUCUUUGGCAGUACCGAUCCCCGCUGCCCUCCGGCGACAAGGCAACCACCGCCGCCAACCACCGCCAGACCAAGCUGCUACCCCGGCAGCCCCGACCCAAGGUGCCCGCAGCCCCCACCAAGCACAACCCCGCGGCCGAACUGCUAUCCAGGCAGCCAGGACCCGCGCUGCCCGCGGCCCCCAAGCACGCCCUACGCCCCGCCUAGCACCCCGUCCACGCCAGCCUGCUACCCGGGCAGCCCGGACCCUCGGUGCGCGCCGCCGCCGCGCACCACCAGGCCCCCGACCUACGCGCCACCGCCACCACCGACCACGCCAGCCUGUUAUCCAGGCAGCCCCGACCCCCGAUGCCCGAGACCUCCAGGUCCUCCAAAAGAACCAGUGCCCUACCUUCCGCCAGUCACCACAGCCCAGUGCUUCCCAGGCAGCCAGGACCCUCGCUGCUCGCCGUCAACGACUCCGAGGCCGAAUUGUUACCCGGGCAGCCCUGACCCUAGGUGUCCUCAGCCUCCCCCACCAACAACGACCUCCAGGCCUAAUUGUUAUCCUGGCAGCCCUGACCCAAGAUGUCCUCAGCCUCCUCCACCAACUACAACCUCAAGACCGAACUGUUAUCCAGGCAGCCCUGACCCUAGGUGUCCUCAACCUUCUCCACCAACUACGACAUCCAGGCCGAAUUGUUAUCCAGGCAGUCCUGAUCCAAGAUGUCCCCAGCCUCCGCCGACGCCUGCCCGGCCCAACUGCUUCCCCGGCAGCCAAGACCCCCGCUGCCCCCGCCCUCCGUCCACCCCGUACCCGCCAGCCACUACCCCCACAACGCCGGCGUGCUUCCCUGGCAGCUCCGACCCUCGCUGCGCGCCACCGCCGCGGCCCACACCACCGCCAACCACGCCCAGGCCGAGCUGCUACCCCGGCAGCCCGGACCCAAGAUGCCCACGGCCUCCGCAGCCUCCGUCAACAAGGCAGCCAGCCACAUACCUUCCCCCGGCCCCCACGACAUCACCCUCGUGUUACCCGGGCAGCCCCGACCCCCGCUGUGCUCGUCCUACAACCCGGCUGCCGCCUCCACCGCCACCGCCGUCCACCACAUCAAGGCCGAACUGUUAUCCAGGAAGUCCUGACCCGAGGUGUCCGCAGCCACCGCCGCCAACCACGACGGCCAGGCCCAACUGCUACCCUGGUAGUCCUGACCCUCGGUGUCCGCAGCCUCCUCCCACGACCCCAGGCCCCAACUGCUACCCGGGUAGCCCAGACCCCCGAUGCCCGCGCCCUCCGCCGACCCCAUACUCUCCGCCAACCACGCCCAGGCCGAGCUGCUACCCCGGCAGCCCGGACCCGAGGUGUCCGCAGCCGCCACCAACAUCCCGCGCUCCUGCCACGUACCUGCCGCCGUCUACGACGACCCAGCUGAACUGCUACCCGGGUAGUCCGGACUCCCGUUGCCCUCAGGUGCCGCAAACCACCCCCAGGCCGAACUGCUACCCUGGGAGCCCCGACCCACGAUGCCCGCGUCCACCCCCGGUGACUACUCCCAGGCCGCCGCCGCCGCCCCCUCCCACCACUUCGCGGCCAAACUGCUACCCCGGAAGUCCAGACCCGCGCUGCCCGCGCCCACCUCCGGUGACCACUCCCAGGCCUCCACCACCACCCCCUCCCACCACUUCGCGGCCGAACUGCUAUCCCGGCAGCCCGGACCCGCGAUGCCCGCAGCCACAGCCCACCACACCGUCGAGCUGCUACCCUGGGAGCCCAGACCCACGGUGCCCGAGGCCUCCACAGCCGCCUUCAACGAGAGAGCCAGCUACUUAUCUGCCCCCUGCGCCGCCGACGUCUGCCCCGUGCUUCCCGGGAAGCACCGACCCGCGUUGUCCGCGACCGACGACGCGCCCGCCUCCACCCCCACCCCCGCCAACUACCUCCAGGCCCAACUGCUACCCGGGCAGUCCGGACCCGCGGUGCCCUCCUCCACCCCCGACCACGACAUCCCGGCCCAACUGUUUCCCGGGAAGCCAGGACCCACGCUGCCCGCGCCCGCCGCCGCCGACGUACGCGCCGCCAAGCACCCAGCCAGCCUGCUACCCUGGCAGCCCCGACCCGCGUUGCGCCCCACGGCCAACACCCCCGCCAACCACCCCACAGCCCAGCUGCUACCCAGGCAGCCCCGACCCGCGGUGCCCGCAGCCUCCUACAACGAGGCAGCCGUCGACGUACCUGCCUCCGGCCACGACGCCGCAAUGCUACCCGGGCAGCCCCGACCCGCGUUGCCCAAGGCCCCCCACACGACCACCGCCGCCGCCCCCGGUGACCACCCCCCGGCCGUGCUACCCUGGCAGCACGGACCCCCGCUGUCCGACUGCGCCACCCGCGCCAAGAUGCUUCCCCGGAAGUACCGACCCGAGGUAA